GUUGCUGCAGAAGCCUGGGGGCAAAAUGCUUAAUCUCCUCCACAGUGCGGAGCCUGUGGCGCCUAGUCUGUUAUAGGUUGGAGUUCCCACGUGGUUUUAACUUCUGUAUAAAAGUUUCAGGAGAAAAGUGGCCCAAUGUCGUGAUUUGGCAGGUCAAAAAGAAAGGCGGGCGGGGGGGCAACCCGUCGCCAGGAGAUUAGAGGCAGAUAAACGAGGAACAAGGCGCUUCUCCAACCGAGACCUUCCACUUGGCGAUCGGAGGCGGAACGUCAGGUUCAGCACAGAGAGAGAGAGAGCGAGAGCGAGAGCGAGCGCAAAUAAAUGAAAAGACAACCAGGCACAAAGAUCAACUUUCGGAAAGAGGCAGCACGCUCGGUCUGUCCUUACUCACGGGAAACCCCAGUGCCAAAUAACAAGGGUGGCGAGAUUCUUGGAGAAAGAGGAGCGAGGCUUAAGAGCGAGUAGUCUGAAGCAGGACCUCCCGGCUGAGAUUUGGGGAGUCGCGUCUGGAGCGCUUGCCUUGCUGCUCCCGGGGCUUUCUUUGGCUUUAAUGUGGACAGCUGCGUGCUCGCGGGACCCCUAGGAAGGGGCCCCAUCGGCUGGACUGUAGUCCCCGCUUGAUCCCAAGCAAGAGAAGCUGGGGGGGAAGGGAGCCCUCCUCGCCUUUGUGGAUCAUCGGACUGGGCUCUUCUUCGCCCUCCCCCACCCCCACCCCCGUGCGCUCCCCGCGCUUUGCUUGGAGCUCCAGGUUAACUUGGCUUUGCACGAGGCAGACGACCAAAGGCUGCGGCGGACGCUGGAGGGAGCGAGCGCCCACCGUGCCAAGGAGGACAGCUGCGGCGGCGGAGCGCAUCAAGGGACCCCUGCUUCGGGGGACUGGAUUUCUCUCUCUCUUCUUGUGGGGAAGCCAAGGGAGGCUUCAUUGAUUGGAGUGCACCCCCCGCCCCGCCCGUCGCCAUAAAUUGGAUUGACUUUCAAUCUGCCACCCCACCUUCCCCCUCCCCUUUGGCCCCCCGAUGACUCUGGACUAAAAAAGAUCGCCCUUCUCCCCGCCCCCUGUCCGCUUUUGGCUGGACUCUGCCUGGCUAGAGGCGAAGCGCUGCAAUCAUGAAGAAGGAGCUGCCCGCCUCGGAGAUGCCCGUGAGCAAGUGACUGGACCAGGCGGCAGGGGGACUCCGGCUGCGCGGAGGGGAAUCAGCUGUCCGGAUCGCCCCGCUUUCCCCCGCCCCGCAGCCUCUCGGCUGAACUCCCCCCAUCGCUCUUGGCCAAGCUGCUCGCCGGCGCCGCGGAGACCCCUUGACUGAGCCCGCCGUGCCCCCAAGAUAGCGCCCCGUCUCCCCUCCUGGCGCUCACCCGCCCCCUUGAGCUCGGCGCGCCCCACUCGGCCAUCCCGCGGCUCAGCUCCCAGCCCGCGAGCGGCACUGCCUGGCGAUCGGCAUGGACGGGGCGGCUCGGAGGGGGGCCCUGGCCGCCCUGCUGCUGCUGCUGGCGGCGGCUUGCUGGCUGGUGCUGGGCGCCGGAGCCUCGCCGACCCCUCCUGGAGCCGCCCCCCAGGACACUUGCACCUCGUGCGGCUUCCGGCGGCCCCCAGAGGAGCCCGGCACGGUGGACAGCGAGUUCCUGGAGGCCGUCAAGAGGCACAUCCUGAGCCGCCUCCAGAUGCGCGACCGGCCCAACAUCACCCACGCCGUGCCCAAGGCGGCCAUGGUCACGGCGCUGCGCAAGCUGCACGCCGGCAAGGUGCGCGACGACGGCCGCGUCGAGAUCCCCAGCCUGGACGGGCAGGCGAGCGCGGGGCCCCCGGCCCACGAGCAGAUCUCCGAGAUCAUCAGCUUCGCCGAGACAGAUGACUUGGCCUCCUCCAGAGUCCGUCUCUAUUUCUUCAUUUCCAAUGAAGGGAAUCAGAACUUGUUUGUAGUUCAAGCCAGUCUGUGGCUUUACUUGAAGCUGCUUCCAUAUGUCUUGGAGAAAGGCAGUAGGCGGAAAGUAAGAGUCAAAGUGUAUUUCCAAGACUCGGACACUAGCAACAAGUGGAAUGUGGUUGAAAAGAAAGUUGAUCUCAAAAGAAGUGGUUGGCACACAUUUCCCAUGACAGAAGCAAUCCAAGCUCUGUUUGAGAAAGGCGAAAGGAGACUGAAUUUGGAUGUUCAAUGCGAAGGCUGUGAAGAAUAUUCCGUGCUGCCAAUUUAUGUGGACCCCGGAGAUGAAUCUCACCGGCCUUUUUUAGUGGUGCAAGCCCGACUGGCCAACAAUAAACACAGAAUCCGGAAAAGAGGCCUGGAGUGUGAUGGCAGGACCAAUUUAUGUUGCAGGCAACAGUUUUACAUUGACUUCAGACUCAUUGGAUGGAAUGACUGGAUCAUAGCGCCAUUGGGUUACAAUGGGAAUUACUGUGAAGGGAGCUGCCCGGCCUAUUUGGCUGGCGUCCCGGGCUCAGCUUCCUCUUUUCACACUGCAGUAGUGAAUCAGUACCGCAUGCGAGGACUGAACCCCGGCACCGUGAGCUCCUGUUGCAUCCCAACCAAACUUAGCACAAUGUCCAUGCUGUACUUCGAUGAUGAAUACAACAUCGUGAAAAGGGACGUUCCCAAUAUGAUUGUGGAAGAAUGUGGCUGCGCCUGAUUUGGAGGGUGUGCUUGAAAGGGGAGAGGACAUGGUGGGGUGAGAACAUUUCCACAAUGAAAGGAACUGGAGGGUGUUUUGCUGUGUUUCUUCCUUCCAGGCAUGGAUGUUAAGUCACUGCAGAGACAGCAGCAACAGCAAUAAUAACAACAAAGAUAUAUAUCAUUUCACUUUGUUGUCAGGACAGUGGCAGUUUGUGGAUCUCAGACACUAAAAUAUGCUACCACUUAUAAACUAAUGCUAUAAAGUACCUUAAUCCCACCCACACACCCAAGGACACAGGCACAUACACGCAGAGACACGCACACGCAGUCUCACUUAAGCAGCUUGAGGGAGGGAAGCGAGUCAAAGGAAGGGAAUAAAAUGUCUGCCAGUGAUCAAAGUGAUUGGGCCAGUAGCCAUUUCUUCUGUAGGCCAGCCGUGUUUGGAGUGAAAUCAUUAUGAAGUGCAAGAAAAGAAAACAGCUUAAUGUAUUCUCAUGUAUUAAAGUGACCAAAUGUUCAAUAGAACACCACCACCUCUAAGGUCUAAAAAGGAAGCAUAAGCUCUCUGCUUAAAGCAAGCAAGUCCUUCCUAUUGAGGUUAAAUGUAAUUUUAACAAAUCACAACUAGCCUAUAGCACUUCUGGUGUAGAAUACUGAUAAAACCUGUGUGUGUGUGUGUGUGUGUGUGUGUGUGUGUGUGUAAGAGAGGGAAAGAGAGAGAAAUAUACCUAAGCAAGUGCCAUGAACUUAACAUAAACAUGGCUACUGUGUUGUUCUGAAUGACGUAUGAUUUCAUGCUUUAACAGGCCACUAGAUUCUCCUGUCCCCACCCCACAUGGAUUGCUAUCCUGUUAUGUCAUCUAAAAAUGGGUUGUUGGUUCAUCCUGUUCCCAUUUUGUUCACUCUUCACAUUACAGUUUUCAUGUGCUCAGAACAAUGGCAGUACCAAAAGUUGCAAUUUGUAUUCCAUGGCAGGGAAUUCAGCAGAGCGUGUUUGGUGCAGUUGGGGAGGAGAACAGGGAGUAGAGAAGCCAGUGAUAUCACAAGUAAACCGAUGAACCCUAAAGAGGAAUUACAGUCACGUGGAUACAUUUCUGAGAGGGAGAGAGAGAGAGAUGCAAUGCAUUUUGUAACAGGCAAGGAACAUUUCGCAGAUUUGGGGGGGUGGGAUGGAGAGGAUAUUUUGUUCCAGUUUCCCUCCCAGAACGUGUCAAGCAUGGCUACAGAGCUGAGAAAGCCAUGCUAUAGCAUAGUACUCACAAACUGUUUGAAUGCACGUUUUUAUAGCACUUGCAGAUUUCAACGCCUUGAAUGGUUGGUACUUGAUGGUGCACUUCUCUUUGCUCACUGUCUCUAGGUUAAAAAAACAAGUGCCGCAUGAGCUAUGCAAUUUAAAGUGUCGACCCAUACUAGGUGAAACUGGACUGAAAUGAGAUGACAUUUUUUUAUAUUUUUUUUAUACUUGAAAUUAAAUCUUUUGCUUCUUUUUUUAAAAGCGAAUGAUUGCUUUUCAUGUUUGCACUGAUGUAGUUGCAUGACUUAGUCAAAAGAGACUGCCAUUUGAAGAAAAAAAAGGUUAUUUUUGUAGCAGCAAAAAAAAAAAAGAAAAGAAAAGAAAAGAAAAAGGGGAAAAAAGAAUAAUGGAUACAGUGAAAUGUAUUAUACAUACAAUUUUGGAACCAAAGAGGCCAACAUAUUAAUUGUAAUUUUUAUCAGAUGGCAAGGCCAUCAUAUAUCUAUAUAUAAUGUAAUGAUACUGAACAAUCUCCUGUGAGGCCUACCAAUUUUUUCAGGGUACAAAAUGGAUUCCAUUGUGUUUGGGUCAGUGUCUUUUCAAUGCCAUCAAUCAUAGCAUACCUUACAAGAUGUGCAUCCUUUAAAAAAGUUGUUUAUUUAAUAAAGUCCCUUGUAGGA